CUUCCUGUAAUUUCUCUUCCGGUUGCUUUCACUUUGUCUCAGAGCUGCUGAGACUUUAAGAGUGGCUGAUUUACUGGACUCUGCUCUCUCUGGGAAGCAUCCUACCUAUCCCUCAACAGGCUUCCUGCAGUGGCCAAGGGCAGCCUGAGAUCUCUUCUGUCAGACAUAGUAUAACCUUCAGCUGUGCUGCUCCUAGAAGCGUGCAGUCACCAUGGAGCAUCACUGUGGCCUAAUCACUGACAGCAAGAAACCAGUACCACUGAAGAGCAUCUCAGUCACCUUGUCCAUCAAUGACUUUGUGGCUGCUGUGGCUGCAACCUUAAAUUAUGAAAAUGAGGAGAACAUCCCAUUAGAAGCAGUCUUUGUAUUUCCUAUGGAUGAAGACUCAGCUGUCUACAGCUUUGAAGCUUUGGUGGAUGGGAAGAAAAUUGUGGCAGAGUUGCAGGAUAAGAUGAAGGCUCAUAGAGAGUACGAGGAUGCCCUCUCCCAGGGCCACCAAGCAUACUUAUUGGAAGAGGAUGACUAUUCCAGGGAUGUCUUUUCUUGCAAUGUGGGGAACCUGCAGCCUGGAGCUAAGGUUGCAAUUACCCUGAGAUAUGUGCAGGAACUGCUCUUGGAAAGAGAUGGGGCCCUGCGCUACGUGCUCCCAGCAAUCUUGAAUCCAAGAUAUCAGCUCACUGAACAGUCAGGGAAGAGUUGCUUGAAUAUACAGAGCCCCAUCGUCCCUUUGAAGGACCUGCCUUACACACUCAGCAUGAUUGCCACUAUCACUUCCCAACAUGGUAUUGAGAGAGUCCAAUCCAACUGCUCCUUGAGCACUGUUCAGUACCUUACAGAUGACAAGACUUCUGCUCAGGUUUCUUUGACUGAAGGGCACAAGUUUGAUCGGGAUGUGGAACUCCUGAUUUACUACAGUAAAGUGCACAGCCCCAGUAUAGCUGUGGAGAUGGGAAUGCUGGACAUGAAACCAGAUAGUUUCAUGGGAGCUCCUUGUGCAAUGGUGAGCUUCUACCCAGAUAUCCCAGAAGUGGAAGCCUCAAAGGUCUGUGGAGAAUUUGUGUUUCUAGUGGAUCGCUCAGGAAGUAUGGAAUGCCCCAUGAGCACAGAGAAGAAUUCUCAGCUACGCAUAGAGGCUGCCAAGGAAACUUUGUUACUCUUGCUGAAGAGUUUGCCUAUGGGUUGUUAUUUUAAUAUCUAUGGAUUUGGAUCUUCCUAUGAAAAAUUCUUUCCGGAGAGUGUGAAGUACACUCAGGAAACCAUGGAGGAUGCAGUGGAAAGAGUAAAGGAUUUACAAGCUGAUUUAGGGGGCACUGAAAUCUUGACACCGCUCUGCAACAUUUACAAGGCACCCUCCAUUCCUGGUCAUCCCUUACAGCUCUUUGUCUUCACAGAUGGAGAAGUGAGUGACACAUUCAGUGUCAUUAGACAAGUACAGUUAAACAGCAAGAAACACAGAUGUUUCUCAUUUGGUAUUGGACAAGGAGCUUCAACCAGUUUAAUCAAAAAUAUCGCCCGGGUAUCAGGGGGCACUGCAGAAUUUAUCACGGGCAAGGACAGGAUGCAGACCAAGGCUCUUGGGUCUCUCAAGUAUGCACUACAGUGUGCAGUGGAUAACAUCUCUCUGAGUUGGAAUUUGCCUCCUGAUCUGUCUAUUAAAAUGGUUUCUCCAGAGCACCCUGCCAUCUUUAGGGGUCAGAGGUUAAUCAUCUAUGCACAACUGACUGGGCUUAUGCCUCAAGUGGAGAGCACAGGCACAGUGUGCAUCAAGCAUACCCUCCAAGGCAAGAGUCUGGAAAACAGGGUGACAUUUUCCCUACCACCCAAGGCAAAUGCCAAUUUCACCAUUCAUCGGUUGGCUGCAAAGUCCUUGAUCCAAUCCAAGUGUAUGGGAUUUGAUGAGACCUCUAAAGAAGAGAGAGAGGAUGUGAUGAACAUCAGCCUUCAGUCUGGAGUCCUCAGCUCCUUCACAGCCUUCAUUGCCAUAAACAAAGAGCUUAACAAGCCAGUGCAGGGGCCUCUGGCCCACAGAGUGAUUCCUAGGCCAGUGAUGGAUUUAACUAUGUCAUGGAUACCUCAAUCGACUGGCUACCGUAGCCCGCGGGCAAGACGCAUAUUAUGUGCAUCACCAUGUGGUGCCUCACAAAGGGCAAUGCCAAAAAUCAAAUUAUGUGCAUAUGAUGCAUGCAUGGAGGAAAGUGAUGAUUUAUCUAUAGUAGGAUCUGAAGAUUUUGGCAUGACAGCUGUAGCAACCAUUGAAGAGAAGAAAAAGGCAGAUUCUUCUACCAAGAAAAGCAACUUGCAAAGUGAACGCAAAGCAUUUGGAGAGAAUGUUGUGGUGCAGCUGAUUUCACUCCAAAAGGCCAAUGGCUCCUGGAAGCUGGAUGAAGAUCUGACCAAGCUCCUGGGCUCUAAGUUGAAAGACAUCAAGGCUGAAAACCCUGCCAAGUUAAUUAAGACAGGUUCAGGUUCUGUUUAUGCAGCUACAUAUAGAUGAAGUAAUUGAACAUUGAGAAAACAAACACUGGGAAUAGAGAGAUUGCUCAGAGGUUAAGAGCACUGACUGCUCUUCCAGAGGUCCUUAUUUCAAUUCCCAGCAACAACAUGGUGGCCCGCAACCAUCUCUAAUGUGAUCUGAUGCACUAUUCUGGUGUGAGUCUGAAGACAACUAUAGUGUACUCAUACAACAAAAAUAAAUAAACCUUUUAAAAAAGAACGUGAAUGCUGUGUUAGUUAGGCAGUGCAGAGCUAAAUUCAAUUCUAGGAUACUCUGUUUUUAGCGCCUCCAAUAAAAUCCCUAUUAUUGCUGUUUUUUUAUGUUCCCAAAUAGGAUGACUACAGUAAACUUUAUUUAGAAUUUUGAGGUUACCUUCCAAGUGGCCUAAAUCUGCUUGAAAAUGUCUUUUUUUUAAAAAUAUAAUCUUCAUUACAUUUCAAAUGGUAAAACUUUUCCUGGUUUCCCCCCUCCCUGAUUUCCCCCAAACCCUCCUUCCACCCCCUGCCUCCAAGUAUUUGCCCCUCUACCCAGCCCUGUCCCUCCUCCCCCACUCUUGAUUUCCAUUUGUUAGGACAUCUAUUGAGCCUUGACCUGACCAAGGACCACUCCUCCUACUGAUGCCCUACAAGGCAUUCCUUUGCCACAUUUUUGGCUGAAACCAUGUAUAUCCCUUGGUUGAUGGUUUAGUCCCUAGGAGUCCUGAGGCAUCUGGGUGGCCUACAUUGUUGUUAUUCCCAUGUGGCUGUAGACCCCUUCAGGUCCUCCAGACCAACCUCCAACUCCUUCACUGAGGACCACACCCAGACCAAGGGUUGGUUGCUAACGUCUGAUUCUAUAUUUGUAAGACUCUGGCAGGGCCCCCAGGAGACAACCAUGGAAUACUCCUUUUGGUAUGUGCUUCUUGUUGUCCAUAAUCAUGUCAGGGGUUUGGUGACUAUUUAAGAAGAAAUACAAUUUUAAUCAGUUGAAAUGGGAAAUGCAAUAACAUAAACUUCAAAUGUUCUAUGGUUAUACAACUUCUAUCCUAUCUCCUAGUCUGGUCUGGCUACUUAGCCUAUGAAAUGUGGUGAAUGUAAAUGAGAUAUAAAUUUUUGAAGCAGUAGUGGUAUCUAUGCAGCAGUAUGUAAACUGAUUUAAUUAUUUGGGGUAAAGCCAUGGGGAUAUUUCAUUAAGAUUAUUUCAUGUUGGAUACAUGUCAAAAUGAUAAUUCCUUUUUAACAUUUAACAGAAUGUGAUCUGCUGAUAGUUAGAAAAGUAGAUCACCAAGAGAGCUAACAGAAUACAGGAACUCAUGUAUUUAAUUUGGUAAAAACAUAUAGCAGAGUAAAAUGUAUAUUCAUGUAUAUGUAUAUACAUAUACAUAUAUAAAUAUGUGUGGAUAUUAUGUUGAUACCUGAAUUUCAGUUGGAAACGAGAAAAUUUUAAUUGUUAGCAAAAAUAAUGCUAUUGAUUAACAAAUCAAUGUAAAAAAUGGAGACAUCUAUCUAAUGCCUGGAGUUUUACAGAUCUAUAUUUUCAAUGAUGACCUUAAUGAAGGUAUAAAGAUUUCUAUAGGUAGAUACUAAAACUAAAAAUAAAAUAAAUAAUAAAUAGGAGACUUGAGAUCCCUUGAGCAUUUCUGAUCAUGAUUUGUAAUCAAUACUAACAGCACUAACACAAACUAUGCAGCAGAAAUAAAAGUCAUGAGUUGCUUCUGAUUCUUAGCCGUCAGCUGUAAUAGAGACAGGAAACAUACAGAGAACACUUGCACAUGGAGUCCACAGGUGUCCCAUAGCCAUGGGCAAUGUGAGAAAUAGAUCUGAACCAAGAUCCUCAGGAUGAGCUUCAUUCUUGGGCUAUGAUUAUAGAUUUCCAUACUCCACUUGCUCUAUGCUGUGACCACAUCAAUAUAAGGCAAAAAUCUAAUACCCAUCAUUACUACACUAUAAUAUUUAUACUUAGAAACCUUCCAUUGAUUAUUCUUAGGGAUGUUUUUGUUAAAAAAAAGUUGAAGAACAUAAUACCUUAAAUCAAAUUUGCAAUUUCUUCUCUUUCCACCUUCCAAAUAUCCACACACUAAGUGUUUGGAAGCAUUUUGUGGAAUGUGAUAAUGAUUACAAUGCGCUUAUAACUUAAGUCCUUUUCUAAGUGGGAAUGGAAAGCUGUCUUGAAGCUAUGGCCAGUCUUUUUGAUAAGGAUGGGACAAAAAAUUCCAUGAAAUAGCAGAUUAGGGAACAUUGAGGAAGGUGAUAGUAAAGUGAUUCCUUCCAUCUUGAGUGACUUCCUGCCCUGCCUGGGUCCUUCUGU